UCCUGUCAUUGAACUCCGAUUUCGGUAAUCCAUCGCCGGUCUACAUAAAGAACAAUCAGUUCUUGAUUCCGAAUCUGACCGACAGAAUAAGUUUGAGAAGCGGUGAGUUAAUGGUGGUGGCCUGCCCGGGAAGACACAACCACAUCGUUCUCGGCAACGAAACGGGAAACGGAAGACAAUUUGACGUUUUAGACGCUAAAUGCGUGGAAAAAACAUCGUUCCUACUAGGAGGCUGGAGGGGUGAGUUUAGAAACGUCACGUGCAAAACUCAGCCGUGGACCACGGUGUACGACACGAAAAAGAGCUGCCAUUUAAACAGUAAGCUGUACAGGAUCGGAUAUGAAAUACAGAAGGCAUUCUAUUCGCUGUACGAAGCGUGUUUCGAUCUAAGCGAAAUGAAAACGCAUUAUGUCACACACGUAUUGACGCCUUUUACGACGUUACAGAGUUACAGACGUACCCAGUUCUUGGACGGAGGCGUAUUCGAUAAUGUGCCCAUAAGUAAAUUGUAUCUUAAACGGAAUCAAAUGGAAAUUAUGGAGAGGAUCCUCGGAACGAACAGCACUGAGCUGUAUAACAAACGACAGGCUCUGACUCGUGGUCACCUGGCUCCUCGCGCGGAUUUCCCGCUUCGGGCACAGAUGAGGGCCACCUUCCAGUACAUAAACACGGCCCCGCAAUGGAGGACAAUCAACUCCGGCGACUGGGGGGCUCUGGAAUCCGCGCUAAGGAAGAAGGUCGUUCAACUCGGUCACAGUGUGACAGUCUACACAGGGACUCAUGGAGUUUUGGCACUGCCGAACAGAGAUGGCGCUUUCCAGAGCAUAUACCUUCAUUUCGAUGAGAACAACAACGGCGUUGUUCCCGUACCGAUGUACUUUUACAAGGUCGUCUACGAUCCCACAGCUCGUACAGCCGUAGCGUUCGUGACGAUAAACUCGGCGUUCUACAACAAGACGACAACGGACGAGUUACAGUUUUGCAGCGACAUCUGUGAUUCGAAUCCGCAAUACUUGUGGUUAACGUGGCGGUCGCGAGAUGGCGCUCACAGCUUCUGCUGCGAUUACACAGAGUUCGCGAACGAAGUUAAACUCGUAAAGUUGGACGUCAGAGGAAGGUUUUACUGAACCGAAAAUUUUAAGCAUAGAUAAUGCACAUAAAUUAGUUAUAGAUAAGCAACUCGAGCACUCAACAAAAAUAUUUACGGGCGUCGGUCACUAGAUGGUUUUUCUUCGAUUAGUUUCUCAUUGCUCCUGUAGACGGCAGUAACAUAUUACCUGUCCUAUAUUUUAUUUUUAAAUGAACGA